AUGGCCAAUCUUGCAGAUUAUAUCGAUUUCUCUCAGAAAUCCUUCCAAGGAUGUGCUCUCUUCAUCCUGUUCAAUCCAUUGUUCUGGAACCCCUACUACGGAUGCUACUUUCUCGGAUUCAUCAUCUUCACCCUGGGCCUCGCUCGCGACCAUGUGUACCAACUGGCCCUCCAGGAUCAGCCUUACUACGCCCCAGUGCACCAACCGAUUUUAGGCUCCGUCCUGUUCGGCAUCGGAUCUAUCCUCGUUCUGACUAGCAUGUAUGCCCUUGGGGUCACCGGAACCUACCUUGGAGACUACUUCGGCAUCCUCAUGGAUGCUCCCGUCACCGGCUUCCCCUUCAGUGUUACCGGUUCUCCCAUGUACUGGGGCAGCACCCUGAACUUCUUGGGUGUGGCUCUCUACUUUGGCAAGGUCGCCGGUCUCCUGCUCACUGCGGAGGUCUUCAUUGUAUACUGGUUCGCUCUCCAGUGGGAGGAUCCUUUCACUGCGGAGAUCUAUGCUAAGCGUGAACGGGAACGUGCAAAGUCCAAGCAGGGCGGCAAGAGCUUGUAA